AUGCAAAGCAAUAAUCCAUAUGAUGAAAAUGAUUUAUUACUUGUUCAAGUAGAUAAUGAUAAAACUCAACGAAUUAAAGAUGUUAACACAAAAAUGAAAGAAAUUAAUACUGGAAUUUCUAUGAUGAAUAGUAUAACAAAAACACAACAAACAGUCAUUGAUCAACUUGAAUAUAAUUAUCAAAAUGCUGAAGAAUAUACAGCGAAAUCAGCUAUGGAAAUUGACAAAGCAGGGAAAUAUCAAUUUUCUGGAGAUAAAAAGAGACUAAUAAUAUUAUUAAUAUUAGUUAUUGUUGUUACAUUCCUUAUAUUCAUUAUUUGGUAUAAAUUACAUUAA